AUGAGUAUAAUAAAAGAUAAUAUACGCGAGCUACCACCUCCAUUAAAGAUUCCUCUAUCUACGACGGGAGAUGGAUCUUUACGGCUGGCUGUUCCGCCAACCAUCGAGCAACUGAGGGCACGAACGCGAGAUAAAGGCAGUAACAACAUGGUACCAUCUCUGCUAACUCUCUGCGUACUGCGCCUCGGGGCGCAUCUCCAUCGAAUAUCAGAUUUGGAGCGUUGCUGGACGCGUCGCUCGUAUCACUCCCCGGUGAUGAAGAUCCUCGUCUCCGAUUUAUUUCCACAUAUUCCAUCAGGGGAGUUCAAUGUGGCCAAACCGGAAAUAUCUGCCAGUUUCGGCGAGGCCGAGGUCGAAGACGAGUUUCGCGGGACGAUUGACCCUUAUUUAUGGGGAUUGGUCAACUCCCUUAUCAUUCCAUCCACACUUCCCUCGGAAAUUCGACGUCUUGGUCUAAAUAUUACCGACCCUGCCGUCCCAGCACUUCAGUAUGCGUCUGUGCUGAAUACAAAAACCCUUUCCCUUCUGACAUGUUUGUCCUUUGAUUCUCCAGAGAUUCGACUUCGAAUCUCUGACGAUUCACUGAUACAGCUCCGGUCCUUGCCCUGUCUCACCCUCCUCAACUUGGCAUCCACGCCAAUUACCUCCAGAGGUAUCCAGCGCUUGAUUGUUGCGAUGAAAGCGAGGGGCGACGUGACCUUUGGUCCGUGGAAACUGCGGGUACUAGACUUGCAUGGGACCUUUGUCGACGAUAACCUCUUCGACGAGUUGAAUACCAAUCUCAGUAUAUUUCCUCUGCUAUUCGCUCUAGAUGUCAGAAUGACCUCUGUUUGCAACAUACAAGAAUACUUUGAGUCCUGGUUCGACGGCACAACCGCACCACAGGAACUGCUCUUUCCUACCAAGCUAAGAGAUAGAAUGGACUACAUUUCCAAAAGGAUACAAGAGAGCGAUGCACCUUCAUCAAGGAACGACCAUGCAAUGCUCUUCAUCGACCAUCACUCAAGCGACUUUCAAAAAGUAUCCGAAAGUGUCAUGAACGGAGAACAGAGAGUUCGUGCUGCACAGAAACUGCGCGUAAGCAGUGCUGAAGUAUGCGUUCUGACCGGAGACACGACUCUGCUCGGAAACGUGAUUGAACCAGCGGAUUCAGUGGAUAACGGUGCUGCAAAAGCAACAUUUCGUCCAACACGCCUUGAAGUGCCCUCAGAUGACUUUCGGCAAAUGGCAAAGCGUCACAAGCAGGAUCAAACUUCUGGUCGACCGGUAGUCCCCAUCUCCGAGUCGGAGGAUAAGUAUAUUCUGUGGCGUUUACCACCGCCUACAAGUGCACUCGAAGCGUUUAUACGAGAAAUAGCCGCACCUUCAGUGGCUGCGCGGGAAGGGCUCAACCCGUCGGGGCCGAGGGCGAAGCGACCAAGGGUGGGCGAACAGACGUAUUCAGUCAAACGAUUGAAACGACCGACGAUGGAGAGCAUUUUUGGUCAUAACCCGUCUCGUCGACUAUAG